CAUAGAAUAAAGCUUUUCAUUUGCAUAUAAUUCACUUUUUUGUCCUAAUUACGGCGCAGAUUUGAGGAAUAUAAUAAUUUUGCGUAUAACAUUAACAUAACACUAUUUUCCGUAGCCUAUAAUAUCUACCAAGCUUUUCCGUAAGUGAGUUGCCAUAUUUACUGGGCUGGUAAUAAGCAUCUUUCAAUCAGCUGAGUUUUGUUUUCCUUUACAGUAGUUUCGAAAAGGAAGCCUUGAAAAGCCCCAGCAGACGCCUUUAUUAUUGUCAGAGUUUAAAAACGAAAGUUAGAACAUGAUGAACGAAUUAAGAUCUUUGGAGCAUGCUACGUUAAAGGUACCAUAUGAAGUGUUCAACAAACGCUACCGCAAUGCCCAACGGGUGCUGGACGUUGAAGCGAGACAGGUUGGUUCUGCUGCCGGGGAGCUGGAGACCGCUGCCAAAGCUCCGAGCACUGCUGGAGAGAUUGAUGUGCUCCUAGGAGGCAUGGUGGAGAAACUCACAGCAAUGAAGCGUAAGGCUUCUGAAGCCAUCAGCGAGGAGUUGCAGGUGGCGCUGGUGUGCAAGAAGAGGCUGGAGCAUAUCAAAGAGCAGGCCGUCUCGCUUAACGAGCCCAGCACGCCGCAAGUGCGAACGACAGUGAACCAAUGGCGCCGCACCCGCUUGGAGCGCAUGCUGGUGGACUACUGCCUCCGCAGCGGCUACUACGACGCCGCGGCCAAGCUGGCCGACGCACGCGACCUGCGUGACCUCACCAACGUCGAUAUCUACUGCGCCGCGGCUGAAGUGGAGGCCGAGCUAAGGAACCGUCGUACCGCGCGGGUUCUGCAAUGGUGCGCCGACAACAAGUCUAAACUGCGCAAACUCGGCUCCACCAUCGAGUUCAAGAUACGGUUGCAGGAAUUUAUAGAACUCGUCCGCGCCGACCGCCGCUUGGAAGCCGUGAAAUACGCCAAAAAGCACCUUUCCCAGUACGAAGAAGGACAACUUCAGGACAUACAACAUUGUAUGGGCAUGCUGGCUUUCCCCAAGGACACAGAGGUGGAGCCGUACCGGUCGCUGCUGUGCCCGUCGCGCUGGGCGGCGCUGGAGCGGCAGUUCCGCGGCGAGCACGCGCGCCUGCUCCACCCCGCCCGCCUGCCCGCGCUGCCCGUCGCGCUGCAGCUCGGCCUGCACGCGCUCAACACGCCUCAGUGCUACAACGAGGCGACGCAGGUGGCGGCGUGCCCGGCGUGCGCGCCGCCGCUGAACGCGCUGGCGCGCCAGCUGCCGCACGCGCACGUGUCGCACUCGCGCCUCGUGUGCCGCCUCAGCCGCCAGCCGCUCAACGAGCACAACCAGCCCAUGGCGCUGCCCAACGGACAGGUCUACGGCGAGAGGGCUCUCCGCGAAAUGAUGGACGAGCACGGCACCAUCGUGUGCCCGAAGACCAACGAGGUGUUCUGCAUGAAACGCGUCGAGAAAGUCUACGUCAUGUGAAUACUCCUUACUUACUUACCGCUAAGGCUACUUGCAGGUUGCGCUCGCAAGCUUAUUGAAAAUAACAGCAAAAUUAUUUCAAAUAUUCGCUUACUUGAUCGGUUCUGUAGCUGGACGAAAACUGACCAAAGACGUCAACUGAUUCGCGCAGCUACAGUCUAAUAUCAACCUUCGUGCAUUCGGACAAAGUUAACGGUCACACGCCGCGCACGAUAGGGCCGGCGUUCAAAGGGUUGAAAUAAAACGAUUUAACCCUUUUCCAGGCAUAGUACGAUAUAUCGACCACUUACGCGCCAAAAGAAUUUUAACUUUAGCAUUCCGAUUUAAGGUUCAUAUUAGAUUGCACUUUCGGGAAAUGUGACUUGCCUUCAAAUGAAUCAUCAAAGCUGCAUUAAUUGGAAUAUAUUUGGAUUUUUUGGGAAAACCUUGUAGAUUGGUGCGGCCUGGAAAAGGGUUAAGUCACAGGUAGCGCGACCCGUUUCAAAUAAUUAUCGCCGUAAAGCCAUUUCACGGGUUAACAAAGUUGAUGCCUAAAAUUAAUACAUAAUUUGCCUCUAUUUAUUGCUUGAACUAAAAUGAAUUGCUUUUAUUGUUUAAAUAUGGGGUAAAUUUAGUACCUAUAGGCGGUCAAACAACUGUCGAUAGAAAAAGGCGCCAAAUUCAAACUUUCUGUGGGACAUCCUUUCGCGCAUGCAUUUUUAAAUUUACCGCUUUUUUGUACUGGCGGAAAUGGCUUGACAGACUGUAACUAUUCAACUAUGUACAAUUACAAUGUUCAGAUUUGGACUGUUUCGAGUACAUUUUAUAAGGGUGACACAUUAAACAGAUUCCUCAUUUUUUUUUAUCAAGUUAACGAGUAUCAAUCUAAAUUAAUCUUUGCUGCUUGCGCAUAAAGUUCAAUUUGAUUUACGAAACAGCUUGCGGGUGUUGCCAUAUCUUAUUGUAUAAACUUUUAUAUUAGACGUCAGUCCGAAUCUCUUGGAUUAGCCAUAACGACGGACGUUUUUUGUUUAAUAUAUUAUUAUAUUCGGGAAAGUUGUAAAAAUAAGGAAUCGAUAAGCAAUAUACAAAUCGCGGUCAGAAUAUCUAAAUAUGAUAUUAUAUUUACAACAUGAUUCCAACAUUUUUAUGGCCAAUUGUGAAUGUGAAUUUUAUUUACUGGUAUUGUGGCCAAAAUGUAUAUUUUUUAAUUUAAGGUGUAUAGUCAGUUUUGAGUUAUGGUCUCAUUGUAUGAACUUGUCUUAAAUAAGAAAUAAACGGUAAUCAUGAAAUGUAA